AUGUCCCCUUCAAUCCCAGACAUACUGAAGCACUAUGACUACGACCCAACUAGAAUCGAACGCGUAGGGAAACGCCCAUUCGAAAAACUUCCUCUCAGGAUUGAGGCCCCCAAUCCUGCCUGGCCACAACACUUCGAGACCCUGAGAGCGCUCAUCGAUAAGGCCCUCGGCUCCGCUGCCUUGAGCAUUAAUCACGUCGGCUCGACCGCUGUGCCAAACCUACCCGCCAAGGCGGUUAUCGACAUUGACCUAACGUUCCCAGAUCCGUCUGCUGAAGACGCCUACGUUCCCGCCCUGGAGUCUGUUGGCUUCGUAUUCCUCACGCGCGAGCCAACAUGGCAUGAGCACCGUUUCUUCAACACCAACAAGCCUUACCACUGCAACUUGCAUGUGUUCGCACAUGGAACGGCGGAAUUGGUUAGACAUCAGAUCAUGAAAGAAUGGCUCAUUGCGAACGAAGACGACAGGGAUCUGUAUGCGCGAACGAAGAGCCGGGCGAUGGAAGAGAGCAUACUUCUUGGCGAGACUGUGAUGCAGUACAACGCACGCAAGCAAAAGGUCGUUCGAGAAGUUCUCGAAAGGGCUUUCAAGGCGAGGGGCUUUCUCCCUCCAGAAGCGGACAAGAAUUGA